AUGGAGAAAAGAGAGGAGACACUUCUCCAAGACUUGGCAGUAAUCCUUUUUUCGAUGCUGUUUUCUAUCACUCUGCCUCGGAACUUGAAUGAGUUCCGCAGUCAGUACCUUGGAUGUCGAGACAGCAAAUUUGUGUUCAAGUAUCGCAUCAACUGCAAGUCCCAGCAGCGGCUAUCACAAGCGAACGCAAUUUGUGUCUCGUCCAGCGACACGUUUGCCAUUAUGCUCGCUGGAGACAACGUUUUCGAUGAAAUGUGGAGCUGUCGAGUCUCGAGUAAAAAUUUGCUGGUGUGUAUCAAUCGCCGCUACUCGCCCGUAAGUAUCUGA